GAGCGACUCGCCGACAUCACCACGGUCCUCUAGGCACCUAUGUCUGCCGUCCCGUACCACCUCAUCGACGCCUUCACGCGCGAGCGCUUCGCCGGCAAUCCGGCCGCCGUUGUUCACUUCGCCGCCGACGACGCGCGCGCGCAAGACUCGCAGCUCCUGCUCAAGGUCGCACGCGAGUUCAACCUGUCCGAGACGGCCUUCCUGCUGCCGCUCAAGGACGUCGAGCGCGAGUUCGCGGCGGGCGAGGGCGGGCAACCGGACCCGAGCUACUCGCUGCGGUGGUUCACGCCGUCGGUCGAGUUCCCUCUCUGCGGGCACGCCACGCUCGCUUCGGCACAUGCGCUCUUCUCGACGCGGCACCUUGAUGCGAGGCGCCUGCGCUUCGAGACCAUGUCGGGCACGCUUUUCGCCGCGCGACUUGAGGACGGCCGCAUCGAGCUCGACUUUCCGGCCGACCAGGACGUCCUCGAGCGCAACGAGAACGAGGCCGACAAGGUCGCGAGCCUCGUCGAGCAGGCCCACGCCGAGCUGUCGCAGCACGUCGUCGCUAUCGCCGUCGGCCGACUGGGCGGCGUCGUCGAGCUGGACGCCUCUUUCGACCUUCAGCACGCCGACAUUGACGCCAAGCCACUCGCCGCGUCGAGCCGGUACUUCGUCUUCACCCAAGCGGCGCACGUGCACUUUCCGCAACACGCCGUCUACUCUCGGGUGUUCGACGGCGCAGAAGACAUUCCCGAGGAUCCAGUUACCGGCUCGGCGCACUGCAUCCUUGCGCCGUACUACCUCUCGCCAACCUCGCCAGGCUUCAAGAGCAUCGAGUCGUCGACGCAUCGAGGCGCUUCCUCAUUCUCGGCGAGGCAGGGCGGCAGCAGGCAGGGAGAGCUCGAGGUCGUGUGGGAUGAGGAGCGAGGGCGGGUCAAGCUUCGAGGCUGCGCCGUGACGGUCAUGGAUGGGUCGCUCAGCCUGUAGAGACGAUCUCGAUGCACUCGACAGCGGUUCGC